AUGAAGACUAUCAUGCAAAGGGGUGUGGGAAGGGGGGAGGGAAACGUCACGCAUACCUCAUCCCCCAAGCUCUCGCCUCAUCUCCCUCGCUCUCCCCUCAUCUCCCCCGCUCUCCCCUCAUCUCCCCCGCUCUCCCCUCAUCUCUCCCGCUCUCUCCUCAUCGCCCCCGCUCACUCCUCAUCUCCCCUGCUCUCCCCUCAUCUCCCCCGCUCUCCCCUCAUCUUCCCCGCUCUCCCCUCAUCUCCCCCGCUCUCCCCUCAUCUCCCCCGCUCUCCCCUCAUCUCCUCCGCUCUCCCCUCAUCUUCUCCGCUCUCCCCUCAUCUCCCCCGCUCAUCUCCUCCGCUCUCCCAUCAUCUUCCCCGCUCUCCCCUCGUCUUCCCCGCUCUCCCCUCGUCUUCCCCGCUCUCCCCUCAUCUUCCCUGCUCGUUCCUCAUCUCCCCCGCUCUCCCCAAUCCCCACUCCCCACCACCCCCCCCCCCUCCCCCCCCCCCUCACUCCCCUCAUUUCCUUGCAUUCCCCGCUUAUCUCUACGCGCUUCCUUGCUCCCCACGUUUUUGCACCCUUCCUUCAUCUCCCCACCACUCUCCACCUCCCCUCCUCUUCUCCCAUCCCCCACUCAACCCUCAUCUCCCUUCCCUCCCUCCCCACCGUCCCCCACUCACCCGUCAUCUUCCUCCUCUCCCCUCCCACCUCUCCCCCUUCACCGCUCAACUUUCUCACUCCCCUCCCCAGUUCCCAGGUCCUAACCAUCCCUCAUCCCCGCCGCCCUCCCCUCAGCUCUCCCCCACUCACCCCUCAUCUACCCCACCCAUUCACUCAUUUCCAUUUCCCAUCUAUCCCCUCUCUCCAGACCCUUUCCCCCAUCCAACCCACAUUCCCCCUCCGCUCACCCUUGAUCUCCUCAUUCCUCGUAAAUAG